AUGGAUGGAAUGGAUUAUGACCCGAUGGUGAUGGAUGGGGAGCCAGAGCAGCCCCAAGUGAAGAUCUCUGCGGCCGAUCACACCCACGUCGAUUUCGAGCUAUCAAAGACGAACCUUGCUUUCGCCAAUGCCGUGCGGCGGAUCAUCCAGGCAGAAGUGCCCACGAUCGCCAUUGACCUGGUCGAGAUCGAGACAAACAGCUCCGUGCUGGCCGACGAGUUCAUCGCCCACCGCCUGGGUCUGAUUCCUCUCGAUUCGAAAGGAGUUGACGAGCUCAACUACUCACGAGACUGCGACUGCGAGCAGUACUGCGAACAAUGCAGCGUCACUCUGACACUGCACGCGAAGUGCACGUCCGACGAGAUUAUGAAGGUGUAUGCGAGGGAUCUUGUGGUGGAUGGUCGUCAUAUGAAUGGAGUGGGAAGCCCCGUGAUCACAGAUCCAGAGGGUUACGGCUGCUUGAUCGCGAAGCUGCGCAAGGGCCAGGAGUUGAAGAUUAGCUGCAUUGCCAAGAAGGGAAUUGCAAAGGAGCACGCCAAGUGGAUGCCUACAUCUGCGGUCGGCUUUGAGUAUGAUCCUCAUAACAAGCUGCAUCACAUUGACUGGUGGUUUGAAAACGACACAGACCCUGCUGUUGAAUGGCCCAAGAGCAAAUAUGCUGAAUGGGAGGAGCCUCCUCAAGAAGGCGAACCAUUCGACUACGAUGCAGUUCCAAACAGGUUCUACUUCGAGGUUGAAACGUCAGGGAGCAUGGAGCCUGACCAAAUCGUACAAAACGGUAUUAGAGUCUUGCAACAAAAGAUCGGUGGUCUUCUCAAGGGCCUAGACCCUAGGAAGUAUGGCGGCGACGAAGCUGAGUUUGAUGGUCCUCGAAGUCCUGAUAUGAACAUGGACGGCGGUACCACACCUUGGCAGGAUGGAGGGUACACUACGCCUUACGGUGGUGGCGGCGGCCAGACGGCGUACGGAGGUGGCAUGACAGCCUACGGAACAACACCGUAUGGGGGAUCUUCUUGGCAGUAA